AUGGACAUUCUACAUUUUCCUCAGAAGCCUCGGCGGAAUCUAGAUGAAGAGAUUGAGAAAUCUCAUGAGUGGCCUGAAAAGUACCAUGAAGAUAAAUCCCAAAUGUAUGAGAGACUAGGAAGCCGUUCAGAAGCAACCGAUUUCUCGCCACUGAAAUAUGCGACAAACUAUGUCUCUGUAAUAUCAUCUCCGAUAGGCAAACAUAUGAAGGCGAAGAUUCGAUCUAACAACGAGGACUGGUUGAAAAAGUACUAUAUGUCUAAGAAGCUUACCAGUCAUGCCACCUUGAGGCAGGGGAGCGUAACGAGUUCUUCAGAUCUCUCUGCCACACACAGCGAUCGCUCGAAAUCGAACACUUUGCUAGACAAGUUCCUCGAUUGUAUCCAGGAUUUACCAGACCCUGUUGACGAACAACUACCCAGUUAUGUUUUGGAUGAGGACUUCAGCGAAGAGGAGAACGAUAAAAGGGCAAUAAGAGAAUCUUUGUCAACUAGCUCAUAUUUUGAUCAUUAUGGAAAACUUCGUACAGUCGAUCUCAAGAACCGAGAUAUCCUGAAACGACAUACUUUGUGGAUGCCUAUAAUGAAGGCGGAAUUCAGGAAACUGGUUACUAACAUCAAGGAUCCGACAAAAGUUAUAACUGACGAUAAAAUCUGUCCGCUUUUCAUCGAAGGUACUAACUAUAUCCUAAGGGAAUACGAUGCCUACGGAGGAUCCACCAUGAUAUCUUCCGUGUUUUCUGAGCAUAAGCUGCCGGCGUUUUGUUAUCACUGUGCUGUAGAAGUCAAUGAUCAGGUGUACAUCCUUGGUGGACUAGUGGCGUGCCACAAAUAUGAUGAUGAAGGACCCAAUUUAAAGGACUUUGUGGUUGAUGGAGUCGAAAAUCUACCGCCACCUUUGUUGCCAAAGAUUAUAAAUAAUCCAUCUAUGAUUAAUAACGCGCGCUUAUACGUACUGUCGCUUACCUCCUCACACGUAUCGAGGCCUGAGGUUUCAGGAAGUGUGCCCCCUCCUUUGUUGUGCCUGAGAGGUUCAAAGCUAACAGAAAGACACAUUUUCUUUUAUGGGGGACUGGAGAUUAAAACAGAAUGUGCAUGCGACGAAAAAGGUAUCUAUCACUUGAGGAAACGCGCAUUUGUCAACAAUACUGGCUACAUCCUUGAUACAAUGACUUUCAAAUUUUCCAAAAUUGAAUUAAUGGCACAGCCUUACAAAUUUGUAUCUUUCCCAACACUUUCAGCAAGGUUUGGACACAUGCAAAUGUCGAUAGCGCCUAACCAUUUGCCUUGUAAUCAUGAAAAGGGAAAUGAAUAUCAUGACUCCGCAUGCAUUGGUAUGCCAUCUGAAGAGGGUACAUCCUCUUGGAAUCCGUCUGCUGUCUCGCUUUCCUCAUUAUCAAGAAGUUGCAUUGCCAACCACGGAUCGGGCGUCUACACAAUACUUAUUUUUGGCGGUUAUAGGCAAACAGGUGACGAUAAUUACGAAGCAAUGAAUGAUUUUUGGAGGAUUGAGGUACCAGUUAUCGUCCGCGGCAAACGUGGAUACUGUAAGUUCGGAGAUAGCGCCAGUGCAACUAUAAUUUCACGAACCAAUGGGACUGAUCUUUGGCCUAGCCGUAGGGCUUUCUUCGGUUACAGUCUUGCUGAAACAACUGUAUUGGGUAAAUCUACCCUACAUGAUGGUCUUCUAGGUCAAUUGGCAAAGAAUUUUUGCAUUGAAUCACCGACAGAAAAGCAUAAGACCAAACCAAUUUUUCCUAACAUCCCGCAUGCCAGGAAGGAGACCUCUCAUUCGAGACACCAUGCUACUGGCAAGGAAAUGAGAUCAGACAGUAAUUCUUCGCUUAGGCAGAGGAUGGGAUCACCAGUGCACUCCUAUGGUUCAUUGCAAGGAAGAAAACAGACCUCUGAGGGAGGCGUUGUUGUCAUACAUGGCGGUUCAGAUAAUACCAAAGUCUUUGGCGACAUGUGGUGGUUUGAUCUAGAGUCAGAAACGUGGUCGUCGAUCACCACGUAUGGUAGGGACGAAGUUGAAGGCUUGGUGCCUAUAGAGAUUUGCCUUGUUGGACAGUCGAUGGUCACCGUUGGUCCAAUAAGCGUGAGUCUUGGUGGUUUCACACAAGAAGAAGUCGAUCAGUUGUUCCUGAACAAGAGUAUUCCUGAUACUGCCGAUACAAGCCGCAAGAUUGGGACAGAUAUAUUGAACAUAUUCGACCUUAAAACCCAAUGCUUGCAGGGACACACUGUGACCAUGGAAGGUGAGGGGGAAGACCGCCAUCCGGUUCUGGCUGAUGAGAAUGGCGACCAGACAAACGCUGUGACAUCCUUCGGAUGCCAGGUUUUACAUACCAAUGGAACGAUUGCUCUUGUUGGUGGGCUCAUCUCUCCAAGGUCAAAAGUGAAUGACUGCUACUUGAGAGGAUCGGUUUUACAAUGCGUGUUGCCAUCAAUAAGCCUGGCUAGCUAA